UGAAUAAACAUAACCUCAUUUCAUGCACCAUGGAGAGUUCUGAAUUGUGGAAUGUGAAAAAUUUAAAACCACCUCCUGUAAUGACAAUUAAACAAAAUAUUCAAGAGAAAGAUGGUACAACUUUAAGGAACAUCAUUUCUGAAGCAUGCCUGGCGUUUAAGAAUCACUCGACUUUCGAGCAAGAAGCUGCCUUUUUAUCGAGAUUUACGUAUUGCAUGAAAACAAAACUCAGACACUGUAAGGGUCUCAAAACUAUUGCCAAAGUAAAUCAAGCGUUAUUGCGGUAUUUACGAAUGAACGUUCUUCAUCAUUUAGAAACUUUUUCACACGCCCUUCCCGAGACUUAUUCGGACGUUAUGUAUAUGCCUGCUCGUAAUAUGCUACUGUACUUGUUAGUGAGGCUACAAGGCUUUGGGAAGCUAAUGGUACGUCUUGUUGAAACUACUCAAGUUGCCGCCUCGACAUUGGAACAACUGAUCACCUUGGGACACAUGUGGAAGAUUUAUUUUCUCGCUUAUGGUAUUGUCUCGCGAAUUUAUACUUUGUCACGCAAUAUUGUGAAGUACGCUUGCCGGUUGUACUCACUUUUACUUCCGUUUGUGCCUGUCUUACAAAAUUCGACUGUCAAUUGGUUACCCAAAAGUUACAUUUUACCCAAAGAUCCACAUUUAUGGCUCGAAACAGAAUGUUUAGACGACCUUCCUGAAAAUGUGCCAACUGACAAACCGUUCCUGUCCUUGCUUAAUUGUGACAUGGGAGAUAGCGACGAGGAGCUCUUCAUCGAUCGUGCUAACAUUGAGAAAGUUACACCCGUCCAUUCUGUGGAGGAUAAACCAGAAAGGACCACCGAAGAUUUGGGAAUACCAGUUUUGCAAAAUUCCAAUGUCAAAAAGCGUCGGAAAAAGAAAAAGAAGGAUACGAAACUGAAUCUACAAACAGUGGACGAUUUGAAACUGUUUGAAAAGGACUUUAAAAGUAAUCCCGAAAAAUAUUCGGAUAAUUUCAAGAAGCUAGACAAAAUGCAGUGUAGUAUGCUGCAUAAACUAGUUUUGAAGUGUCUGAAGAAGUCGUUAAAAAGUGUAAAUAAUCCUGUUAUAGUAGAUGCCUGUUUAGCCGAAGUGAGAAGUGCAUUGUCUUGCUUGUAAUUGAUUCAUUUUGAUUAUACAUUAACAUUAUACCUAUUAUAAUUAUUAUUAAAAACGGUUUUGGCCACAA